AUGUUCACUGGCCGCCGGGCCUGGUUCUCCCAAAGCGUCUCCCGAGAGCUCUGUGACCUCUGGGUUGCCGAAGGAGGAGUGAUCACAAACCACAAGGAUGCUGAUUACCUGUUCAGCAGUGAUGCUUCCCACCCUGAUACAAAAAGGAUACACGAGAGCUUAGAUUAUCUAGAAGACAGAAUUGAAGUUUUUCAUUCCUUUUACCUCCAUUCAAGUGCCAACUCUGAAAUUAAAACUGCGGUCCCACUGGGACACUUCCUCCUCCCGCCUGCCUGCAUACAAGAAGAAAUCAGGGGGGAAAUUGGCAGUUUUAUAUGGGAGCAAAUAACUGAGCCUCCGAGGCCUCAGCCGAGUGCACCUGUUGAAACAAGCCAGGCCGGGAACGACCAAGACCUAAAUGACUCCAGAGGGUUGGAGAGAAGUGAAGACCAUCAAACCCCAGGACCACCAGAAAGAACGAGACUGGCCUACGUUCCCCUGCAGGAUUAUCCAGCCAGUAACAUGGUGACAGGUUAUGACUCUGCUAAAGAGAUGAAGAAAUAUCUUGGCGAGAUACGGGAUUUCAUUCCUGGACGCUCUGGUUACUUGGUGUACUGUAUACAGAAUGAAACUAGUUUCUUCUCUGAUAGGAAACCAAGCUUGAAACGAAAGUUAUAA